UUUAGUUAUUGCUGAUUCUGGCAUUGAUACAGUAGUCAGGAGACACGAGUGUGUUAUUGAUAUUUUUUACUCGGUCUCAAAUGAUGGUCUCGAAACAAAAUACUGAAAUAGGUCGUAACACUGUGCCUGUACAAUGUGUGCUACCGUGAUGUGUUUCCAGGGGAACGUAUAUGAGACGGACUUGUAAACAUUUCAAGCAUGGGUCCGCUGCCAACCCACUAAUGAGCUAACUGUGGCGCUCUCGUGUAGCUUUGCUCAACGUGGAACUUGCAGGCAGACAUGGGUUCAGGAAAUGUGAUAGGUGUUCAGUUCAGCCAGCCUACUGAAACAACACGUAGAGGCUCUGCUUGCUGCAAUAUUCCACUAGGUUUUCACACAUGUUUAUGUUAAGUUAGCUCGUCAGACCAACCUAUAGUGGAGAUAUGAAAAUACUCUUUCUUGCUUGUCUCAGCCCCAAAACUGGGAACCACACUACAGCUGAGAGGAUAAGGUCCCACAUUGAAUCAGCAGGACACACUUGUGAGCUCAGAGAUGCAGCAGAAUUUCAGUCUCCUGCUGAGGUGGCAAACCUAAUAUCUCAAAAUCCUCCAUUUGAGGCCGUACUGGCCAUUCACCUGUUCAAAGCAGGCAAACUUCUCUUAGACAUCCAAGUACCCUUUGGCGUUAUCUUUGGCGGAACAGAUAUAAAUGAAGAUGUGAAAGUUGAGCAGAAGCUUGUGGUUAUGGAGCAGGUGCUACUGAAAGCCAGGUUUGCAGUUGCCUUUACUGACAAACUGAAAGAAGAGGCACAGUUGUUUUUGCUGUCCCAGAACAGUAAAAUCUAUGUCCAGCCCCAAGGUAUCCAGACGGAAGUGAGUAAGACAUUCAGCUGGACUGAAUUCUUGAGGAGCUCAGGUGUAAGCAGCGAGCAUGUGGAUGAGCUGCGUGUCUUCCUGUUGGUCUGUGGCCUCAGGAGAGUCAAGGACCCCCUCUAUCUGGUGGAGGUUUUUUCAGAAUGGCAUUGUGAGAAUCCACUGAAUGUGUUGCUCAUUAUUGGGCCAGAGGUCGAUCCUGUAUUUACUGUUGAAGUGGAAGCCGUUGUUAAAAGAACAGCAGGGGUCUUCUUGGCCCGGGAGAGGAGCCAACAGGAGCUUCAUGCUGCCAUGAAAAGGUGCUUCGCCCUGGUUAACAGCUCCGUCUCAGAGGGCAUGUCAGCAGCCAUUUUGGAGGCCAUGGAUCUCGGGGUUCCUGUGUUGGCCAGGGACAUUCCAGGAAAUGCAGCCAUAGUGCAGCAUGAGUUCACUGGCCUACUGUACUUAUCUCCUCAGGAAUUUGUGCAUCAAUCUCAGAGACUGUUGUCAGAUCAUGAGCUGAGAGAGAGAGUGGUGAGGAAUGGAAAACUCUACGUAGAGGAGCAUCACAGCCUGAAACAGGAGAGAGAAACCUACCAGCGGCUGGUGGACACUCUGCUCUCAGCGUAAGGUCACAGCGUUCAGCCACACUCUGUAAACUUUCUCAGGAACUUCAGCGACAGAGAGCAGGGCAUUACACCGGCAGAAAUAUCUAUCAUCAGAAAUAUUAUCACAGAUGCCUUUAGUCUGUCUGUUGAGAAAUCAGGCUACAGAUAUGGUGCAGGGAACAAUCCUGCACUGCCAGAUUGAAACUCGGCUGCAGAGCACUUUGAACCAAAGACCUAGAGUAGAUAUUUUUGUCCUAUUAAUAAAUUUAAUAUAUUUGAAAUACAUGAACGGUUAUUUAAAGUUUGGUUUUUAAUAUAAAAAGACUUUCUGUUCAUUUAUUCUAUUUAAUAAAGUAGUGGUCGGUGUUGGACUGAAA